ACGCAGUCGAUGGGUCGACCUAACCUAAAUCUGGCUUGACCGGGCGUGUAUGCGCACGUUUUUUUUCUGCCUGUUAUGCCGGUUCCGCUUCCACGCGCGCAUACACGUACGUAUCAGGGACGUGAGAGAGAGGAUGGACGAGGCAGUCACCACGCCGCCUACAUUUAAACGAAGUUUUUUCGAGCGGAUCUACUGCGUGGAGUUCUCACCAUAUGAGUGGUCGCAACAUCUGAUCUGCAUCGCUCUUGCAAAGGAGAUUGUCGUCGGUACUGUUAGAUUUCAGGAUGAAGACGAUGCCGUGGAAGACAUGGCGUACAAUCCUAUUAGAACGUUUCAUCAUGAUGUCAGGCCCCAUGCAAUUGCUUGGAGUCCAGAAACCUCCUUGAGUAUUGUUCCCAAAAUCCUUACGUUCUGUGUUGCUGGAGUGGAUUUCAAAAUAAGAUUAUAUAACAGUAAUUUAAAUAAUAUCAAUGUAUAUGAGGUUUUAGAAGGUCACAGUGAUUAUAUAAAUGCUAUCUCAUAUGAACCAGAAGGUGACUUAUUAGCAUCGGUUUCCGAUGAUCAUACAUGCAAGCUAUGGGCAGUUAAAGAGAAUCAAAAGUGCGUGUCUACAUUUUACUUGACGUCACCUGGUACCAGUGUAUGUUGGCAUAAUGAAGAAUCUGGCAAACUCUUAGUAGCAGAAAAAAAUGGCUUGAUACGUAUGUAUAAUGUCAGAAGUCAACAAGCAAUUAUGUCUCUAGAUUCUGGGGCUGUUCCCUUGACUGCAGCAGAUUGGGGCCCUAAUCCAUUGAAAGUCAUAUCGAUGGCUGCUGGAGAAUUACUGCUUUGGGAUGUAUCCAGACCGAGUCGUCCCCUUGAUGAACAUACACUUCAUGUAGAAGGUGGCUUAACAGCAAAAAUCUCACAUUCAAAUGAAAAUCUAGUGUCUAGUAUUGGAUGGCCGGAUAACUUGUUGAAAGUUGUCAAUCUCAGGUCUAAAGUAGUAGUAUUGUGUGGAAAGGUCAAGUUAGUUGGUGGUAUGACAUGGCACUAUAAAUUACCCUACGUCUGUGCUGGAAGUGACAGAGAGUUAUGUUUUUGGAGAGUGAACGUAAAUUAGAAUAUAUUAAAGACUUAUUUUAUAAA